AUGUCCGUCCCGGGCGCGGUGUUCGCGCGCGCGCCGCCGACGCGCGCGCGCGAGGACGGCGCGCGCGGUGCGGAGGCGACGACGGAUUCGCUCGCGUCCUUGCUCGACGCCUGCGAACGGCGCGCGUGGACGUCCAUCGUGGCGCGAACGGCGAGUUCGGGGGGGGGUGGGGGCGUCGACGCGCGCGCGGUGGUGACGCUCCGCGCGUUGGCGCUCGCGAGGCUCGGUCGAGGGCGGGAGGCGGGGGAGGCGUUGGCGACGGGGACGGAGGCGGGCGACGCGCGGUCGUUCGCGGAGAUGGCGCUCGAGGUGGAUUGCGCGCACGCGAGUGGUGAUGGGGAGGGGGGAAUGGAUGCCAUGUGUGCGCUGCACGCGCUGUGCGCGAAGAGAGAGGGAGAGGCGAACGGAGAGGCGGCGCGGGAGACGUGGAGACGAAGACGAAGAACCGUCGCGCGCGCGACGGCGAGUCGGUACAUGAUGGCGGAUGAUCCGCGCGCGGCGUUGGUUUGGAUCGAUAUCAUGUCGAGGGAUGAACCGGAUGAGCCGGAACACCUCUCCUCGGCCGGUCGCGCGCACUUGAUGAUGGGCGAUCUGGAGGGGGCGAGGCUGUGCUUCAACGAGGCGGAGCGGCUCGUCAACGCGCUCGGCGAGGGCGCGUCCGCGGAGCAGCGCGCGCGCGUUUUAUGCAAUCGAGGUGAUUACUUCUUAGUUGGUGCGAAGUAUCCCGAGGCGAGGGCGGCGUACGGUGCGGCGCUGUUGAAGGACGAAGGCGACGUUGCAGCGAAAGUGAACGCCGCCGUGGCCUCCGUGUACAUGGGAGAUUUGGAUUCAUCUCGCACGCUCCUAGAGGACGGGCUCGUCGCGGCCGCGAACGCGCCCGAUGGUUCUAAAGCGCGUGAUUUCAUCACGCCGAGCGCGGUGAAGAAUCUUCAGAGCAUCUACGAGCUCACGGCCAGGGCGCCAGCCGAAGCGAAGCACGGCAUGAACGCCUUCAUCAAGGUCGUCGCGCCUGAAGACUUCGACGUCACGUGCUUGACUUCUUGA